AUGGCUGCUGCUCCCUUCUUGAGCGUUCGUGCGCUGACGCCGCCGCCUGACAAUGCCGAGGAGCAGGCCCGCAUGCCGGUCGCCAAGAGCGCAUCGGGUGACGAGCUGUUUGCCGGCACCACGGGCGAGCAGCUCCGUGCGGCCCUGGGCGAAAUCGACGUCGACCUGUGCGAUGCGGACGGCGAAAAUGCGUUCUUUGUUGCGGACCUCGCGCAAAUAUACCGCCAGUACAUGCGCUGGCGCCGCGAGCUCCCGCAGGUCAUCCCGUUCUACGCGGUGAAGUGCAACCCUGAGCCGAUGGUGCUCCAGCUGCUCGCCGCGCUCGGCACCGGCUUCGACUGUGCGUCGAACGGCGAAAUCCAAAAGGUGCUCGACAUGGGCCUGCCCGCAUCGCGCAUCAUCUACGCGAACCCCUGCAAGGCGUCGUCGUUUGUGCGCCGCGCCGCGAAGCAAAACGUCGGCCUGACCACUUUCGAUAACCUCGACGAGCUCGACAAGAUGAAGCGGUUCCACCCGGACUGCAAGCUCGUCGUGCGCGUGCUCACGGACGACUCCAAGAGCGUGUGCCAGCUGGGGAUGAAGUUUGGCGCGCCGCUCAAGGACGUGCCGCGCCUGUUGCAGCGGGCCAAGGAGCUCGACCUGGACGUCGUCGGCGUCUCGUUCCACGUCGGCUCGGGGUGCUACGACCCCGAGGCGUUCCGCGACGCGGUGCUGCGUGCGCGCCGCGCAUUCGACAUGGGCGCCGAGCUGGGCUACACGUUUGACCUGCUCGACGUUGGCGGCGGCUUUGAGCACGACAACUUUGAGCAGAUCGCCGCUGUCCUCCGCAGCGCGCUCGAGGACUACUUCCCGGACGAGGAGUUUGCGCCAGGCGGCACCAAGGUUGCCGGCCUCGCCAACGGCCUGCGCAUCCUCGCCGAGCCGGGCCGCUACUUUGUCCAGCGCGCAUUCUCGCUCGCGACCAACAUUAUUGCGCGGCGCGUAAGCAGCGAGGAGGAUGCGCACGCGGCGGGCGCCGAGGCCAAGCCCGAGGCGAUGUACUACCAAAACGACGGCACCUACGGCGCCUUUAACUGUAUCAUGUUUGACCACCAGCACGUGGAGCCCAAGGUGCUUUCUCUGAACCGCGAAUUUCUCUACCGCGCCGAUCUCCCUGCGCCGGGCGCCGCGCCGGGUGCGGACCUCUGGCCGUGCAGCGUGUGGGGGCCGACGUGCGACAGCAUCGACUGUAUCCUCCCGCUCACGCACCUGCCACGCUCGCUGAACGUCGGCGACUGGCUGGUGUACGAAAACAUGGGCGCGUACACACUGUGCGCCGCCUCCAACUUCAACGGCCUCGAGGCCGCUCAGGUGCGCUACACGCUCGGCGCGGACGUCGGCGACGGCGCACCUGAGGCGGUGCUCGCACGGCUGCGCGCUGCGGGCAUGGCCGCUUAG